AUGGGUAGCGACUCCAAGAAGAAGGUGGCCGUGGCCGGCCUUGCCUCGAUCCUCCUCGUGGCCAUGUGCGUGGCCGUGGCUGUCGGUGUCACCAAGAAGGGAGGCGAGGCCUCCUCGGACUCCUCAUCCUCAUCCUCUAGUGGCAUCUCAGCCUCCACCAAGGCAGUCCACGCCAUCUGCUCCCCGACCGACUACAAGGAGACGUGCGAGGAGAGCCUGGCGAAUGCCAACACCACCGACCCCAAGCAGCUGAUCAAGGCCGCCUUCGAGUCCACCGUAAAAAACAUCGAGGACGCCAUCAAGAACUCCGACCUCUUCAAGAAGGCCGCCGAGGACGAGCGCACCAAAGGCGCCCUCCAAGUCUGUGACGAGACUCUCGACACCUCCAUCGAGGACCUCAGGCGCUCCUUCGAAAAGAUGAAGAAGUUGUUGAAGACGUCAGGCGAGCUUCUGAGCAAUGGGCUGGCCAUGGUGACCGAUUUCUCCUCAAUCUUAUCCUCCCUCGACUUGGGUAGCUUUACGAACCGCAGGCUGCUAGCGGAAGGAGGUAUGCCUUCGUACGUGGACUCCAAGGCCCGCAAGUUGAUGGCUGCAUCACCAGCUAGCCUGAAGCCGAAUGCGGUGGUGGCCCAAGACGGUAGCGGGCAGUACAAGACAAUAGCAGCAGCCCUCAAUACCCUCCCCAAGAAAAGCAACGCGACAUUUGUCAUCUACGUCAAGGCUGGCAUAUACAAGGAGACCGUCAUCAUCCCACGCCACGUCAACAACGUUGCCAUCAUCGGCGACGGCCCCACAAAGACCCGCAUCUCCGGAAGCAAGAACUACGCCGAUGGCACCCAGACCUUCCACACUGCCGUCCUUGCGGUGAAUGGCGAAGGGUUCUUCGCCAAGGACAUCGGUAUCGAGAACACGGCUGGCCCCGAGAAGCACCAGGCAGUGGCGGUGCGCGCUUCGGGCGAUAAGGCCGUGUUCUACAACGUGCACAUGGACGGGUACCAAGACACGCUCUACGCCCACGCAUACCGCCAAUACUACCGCGGCUGCACAAUCACGGGCACGAUCGACUUCAUCUUCGGGGAUGCGGUGGCUGUGUUCCAAAACAGCCGACUGGUGGUGCGGAAGCCGAUGGACAACCAGGCGUGCAUGGUGACCGCACAGGGCCGCAAGGACAAGCGCAGCCUCGGUGUGACCGUCAUCCAGAACUGCGACAUCGUGGCCGAACCGGGCUUCCUGGCCGUGAAGCCGGCAUUGUCGGCCUACCUGGGCCGGCCGUGGAAGGAGUACUCACGCACCAUCAUCAUGCAGUCUAACAUCGACGGGUUCAUAGCACCCGAGGGGUGGUCUCCGUGGAUGGGGACAUUUGCGCUCGACACACUGUACUAUGGGGAGUAUCAGAACCGUGGGGCUGGGUCGAACCUAAGCAAGAGGGUGACGUGGAAGGGCAUCAAGAAGAUCACGCCCAAGAUAGCCGAGAGCUUCACCCCGCAGGUAGUGUUUGCUGGGGACGAGUGGGUCAAGGGCGCUGGCGUGCCUUACGUGCCAGGCUUCGUGCAGCUCUAG